AUGAGUGAAAGAAAGGCUAGUCUUUUCGAUGGUAUCAAUAUUCCAAGUUCGAAAUCGAAGACAAAACGGAUUGCAGCAGUAUUAGUUCAAACAUUAGUUGAUGACAAAUCGCCGACACCUAAAAGAUUGACGCUAAAUGAAUUUAGCCAUGAGUAUGAAGAACUGCCGAUAAAGCGAACUCUAAACGCCUCUAUUCACAAAUAUUUUAUUGAGCAGAUAUAUUUUGCAUUUACUACUAAUACAAUACGUAUUCGUCAGACGAUUCAUACGGUAAAAUUUUGGGCAGCAAGACCAAAUAUUCAUUGCUUAGCUAUUUUCGAAAGAAAGGAUUUGGCAUCCGCGAAUCUUAUGAACAGUUAUCUUGCUGGUCAAGGAAUCUCGUGUGAAAUACAAACUUCUAAUAUUAUUCGUUUUGAAGAAAGAUAUCUCGAGUUGAUCGAACAAGUUUGGAGCUCAUCAAAUAGCAGUUCAAAUGCUAGUGUAAAAACAAUACAGUGGUUUGCCUUCGGAGAUGACGAUACUGUUUGGUUUUUAGAUAAUCUUUUGGAGACUUUACAACAAUACAAUUCAUCUACGUCCAUCUAUUUAGGUAAUAUCUCUGAUAAAUUAGAAGCCAUACGCCGCCAUGGAACUUACUACGCUUAUGGAGGUGGUGGUAUUAUUGUAAGUCGACCUUUAGCGCUAAAAGCAGCACAACAUAUGAAAGAUUGUCGACGAUUCCGUCAUUUUUUUGGUGGUGAUGAAAUGAUUGGUAAAUGUAUUACUGAAAUAUUAAAAAUAAAUUUGACAAGAAAUCAGAAUUUUCAUCAAAUGGAUCAUGAAGGAGAUAUGGACGGUUAUUUCGAAAGUGGUAUACAAGGACUCGUUUCUUUACAUCAUAUGUUCUCUUACUGGGAACCAUUUCCUGAAGAGCAUACGACCAAUCCACGCGAAACGAUGAAUCUUUUGAAACUUGCUUAUCAAACAUUCAAUCAUAAUUUCUUGAAAAGAUAUGUUCGAAUAGACCAGCAAACCAAUCGAACAUUCUUAUUGACUAUGGGAUAUUCAUUCAGUGUGAUUAAUCGGAUCUUAACACAUGAUGAAUUGAUGAAAGUGGAAAAUACCUGGUGGUGUUGCAGUCAGUUCGUCGACCAAGAAACGAGGCCAAAAGAGAAGAACAAAACGACUUGGUAUUUUAGAGCUAUAGCAAGUCAAACUACAACUACAACGAAAAGAUACGGAGCAGUUUACGAAAACAAAAGACUAAAAGAUAGAGUUGCUCAGUUUCCUACAAUAGAAAUCAUUUUAACAAACUAG